AUUCUAGCUCUUCCUUGAAAGUGGCCAACUUAUUUUCUACCUGAAUUUUUUGACUUUCCGGUAUGAUUUAGACUGAGAAUCUCCUUCUAUUGUUCAUCUAUAAGAUAUUUUCUUCCUAACACGCUUCUUAAGAUUUGCAACUUUAAUCUUCCACUAUACAAACAUCAUAAUGGACUACAUAAGAGACUUCGACGUUCAGCUGGAAAAGGAUUAUUAUUAUGCUGGGGAAACUAUUAAAGGGAAUGUAGUUUUGGAUACAAUAGAAAACUUCAAACUCAGAACUGUACGGGUGAUUCUGAGAGGUAAAGCACAUGCAGAAUGGAAAGUACUAGUAUCCGGUGAACGACGAACGGUAAAAGACGAUCAAGUGUUUGUUGAUGAGCGGCACACAAUCUGGGGUGAAAAUAACUUAGACACAACAGUACCUAUUCUUCCCAGAGGCGUGCACCGGUUUCCUUUCAAAUUUUCCUUACCAGAAAGUAGUUUACCGUGUUCCUUUGAAAGUAGAUUUUGCUACAUUCGAUAUUUUUUCAAAGUAACUGUCGAUAUUCCAUACGCCAGUCCUCCGCAAUGUAUCCAAUAUUUUACUGUUGUUGGUCCACAUAUAGACUGUAUGGAAGAACAAUAUCUGAAACCAGUCGCAUUAGAAAACAGAAAAUCCACAUGUUGUUGGUGCUGUAAAAAGGGCACCAUCAGCUUGAGGUGCGUCAUAGCACGAACUGCCUACGUUUGUAAAGAAAGUGUUAAGCUCAAAGUGUCAAUUGACAAUCAAAGUGAUGACGAAGUUAAACUUAGAGUGAAAUUAGAACAAGUCUGUGAAUUUUUUAUAAAUAAGGGCGUUUUGGGGGCCAGCAAGGAUUUGAAACACUUAAUAUUUGAAUAUGGGGGGUGUCAUGUAAAACCGCACGCCAAAAGUAAAUGGGACAGCUCUAACUAUUUAGUUAUACCACCAUUGCCUACUACUCUUGUACACAUAUGUCGAUUGGUGCAAAUCUACUAUUUACUAACUGUAUAUCUUGACACAGACAAGGACUACAACAUACUACAAGUUAGCUGCCCAAUAACGAUAGGUACAGUGCCAUUUAGAAUUCCUAACUCAAAUAAAACACAGGUCAUUAAAUACGAAAAUGCUUGUCCGGUUGUGGAAGGUGGUAUGUACUUGGCACCAGAAUUUUUAUUGGGGCAAGUGUAUGAUGGGAAUGAACAUCAUCUGAAGGAUCCCUUGGUGUUGUACAAACCCGUAUACGUCACCGUAGACAAGCCAGACAACCAAUAAACCUACUUCUAAAAGAAAAAACCGGCAAUAACUUCAUAAAAAAGUAAAGUACCUUUACAGGGUAUGUCUUCAAUUUGAUUUUAUCACCAUUUAAGACUGAAAUAUUUCAACAAAUUUGUAGUCAAUUUUUUCACAUUUUCUUACAUCCCUUUGAAUGUCUUUGCGGAGCCAGGUUAUUUUUGUACUUUUACAAUAACGUAAUAAAAUAAAGUUCAAUAAAAACAUACGUCA